GCAGGUUAAUGAAGUAGAAGAUUUGAGAGAAAACAUUACACUGUCUAAUAAUAAUGUUUCUCUCAUUGAACCAGAGAAUGUGGAAUCUGGUGAAAGAAAAAAUUAAGGUUUAUAAGAGACGCCGAAGGAAAAAGGCUGCAGAGGAAAGUGGAAAAGGUUCUCAAGGUUCUGAAAAAGGACCUGACAAACUUCUCACAUAGAGGGAAGGUUCGGAGCAAUCAGUGGAAGCUUGUAAUGCCCUUAUGCAGAAUGGUGGUGACAAAGAGGCAAAUACAUUGCCAGAAGCAGCCUUACAGCACACACAAACAGGAAAAGAUCAGAAAGAGAACUUUUAAGCUUCACUUCAAUUGUGUAAUUGUGUUAAGUUGCAAUUUCUAACAGUGUUUUAUCCACAAAUUCAUGUUAAUAAAUAUGAGCAUUUCCCUUGAAUAGUGCUCAGCUUCCAGUGCACAGAACUCAGCUCCAAGCUUUACACUAGAUAGAACUUGUGGUGGUGCCUGGUCAGAGGAGGAGCUUGAUAGUCUUUGGAGGGGUGUCUAGCGACAUGGGUAGCAUGAGUGGGAAGUGAUGCUUGGAGAUCCCCUACUGAGAUUCUCAGAUCAUAGGGCCGCAAAGGACUUGGCAGAGAGGUGGAGAAAGGAGAGGCUCAACCUCAUGAAUUGUCAAGAUACUCUGGACCAGUGGCUCGAGUAGGAAAUUGUCAGGGAGAAACUACACCAAGGCAUCAUGAAAGCAGCUAUUGGUUUCCAGUGCCAUUACAACCAGUGCCAUUGCGAGUGGUACCUUUGCAAGUCACAACUACCCUUGAUCAAGAAAGAAGACCAGAGCAAAAUCCUUUUUUGGGUGGGAUAUUCAAACUUUCCCAA